UCUAUUACUUUCAUUGACAUUUGAUUUGAUAUUCAUGGAAUGGGGUUUAGCGUUGGUUGAUUUGUUGGUAUUGGUUUGGAUAAUUGCAUCGUCUCAUGGAUGGAUGGUCGGAUGGAUGGAUGGAAAUUGGGGUGUUUGGUGAUAAUGUGAUUGAUUACUUUUUUUUUUUUUUCUUUUUUUUUUUUUUUGCUUUAUUUCAAGUGUUCGGGUUUGAUUUAGCUGUCUAUUUGUUACUAUUUGAAGUUACUGGGAAUAGAUGUGUAUACUAUUAUCGUUACUCGUUCUAUUGGGAGAGAGAGUCUUUACGGUAGUAGUUCGGUAUCUCGUUCAUCAUGAUCACAUUCAUCCUUCAUAGUACAGUGUAUAUAGUCACAGUAUAGUAUACCCACAUACUGCAUCAAAUCGACGCUAUCACAUGUAGGGAUUU